GGCGCAUUUUCCCCCAACAGGGGAAGGUGGCGCCCGGCGGAGCGGAAGGGGGCGGUACUCUGGCUGCCGCCACUCGUGGAGCGGGGACUGCUCGGGGGAGCGGCUCCGGCUGGCGGCGGAGGCUAGUGAACUACCUCUUAUGAAAUAAAGAAAUGGAUGGGAUGGAUGAAACUUCUAAAAGAAUCCUAGAGCCAUACCAGUACUUACUUCAACUGCCAGGUAAGCAAGUGAGAACCAAACUGUCACAGGCCUUUAAUCACUGGCUGAAUGUUCCGGAAGAUAAAAUACAGGUUAUCAUUGAAGUGACAGAGAUGUUGCACAAUGCAAGCCUACUUGUGGAUGAUAUUGAAGAUAACUCAAAGCUGAGACGGGGCUUUCCAGUGGCACACAGUAUCUAUGGAAUUCCAUCUGUAAUCAACUGUGCUAAUUAUGUGUAUUUCCUUGGUUUAGAGAAGGUUUUAACCCUUGAUCAUCCAGAUGCUGUUAAAGUUUUUACCCGUCAACUUUUGGAACUCCAUAAAGGUCAAGGCUUGGAUAUUUACUGGAGGGAUACUUACACCUGUCCUACGGAAGCUGAAUAUAAAGCUAUGGUACUGCAAAAGACAGGUGGUCUCUUUGGAUUAGCUGUAGGCCUCAUGCAGCUGUUCUCAAAUUAUAAAGAAGACUUAAAGCCACUCCUUAACACACUUGGCCUCUUCUUCCAAAUAAGAGAUGACUAUGCCAACUUACACUCCAAAGAAUAUAGUGAAAACAAGAGUUUUUGUGAAGACUUAACUGAGGGCAAGUUCUCAUUCCCAACCAUUCAUGCCAUUUGGUCAAGACCUGAAAGUACUCAGGUGCAAAACAUUUUACGGCAAAGGACAGAGAACAUAGAUAUAAAAAAGUACUGUGUACAUUACCUUGAAAAUGUGGGUUCCUUUGAGUACACUCGGAAUACAUUGAAAGAACUUGAAUCUGAAGCCUAUAAACAAAUUGAAUCACUUGGGGGGAACCCUGAGCUUGUAGCACUAGUAGAACAGCUGAGCAAAAUGUUCAAAGAAUCUGAAAAUUAAAAUACUUCUGGGGAUGGAUCAGAACUUUUUAAAAGGGAAAAUAACCAGACUGUGAGAGGUGUCAUAAUCAGUCUUGUUUAAAACCCUCGUGUAGCCACAUUACAGAAAUUACUUUUAAAAGCAAUUUGUCACUGAGUAUUGAAAUAGUUACCCUAUUAUCUAUACACUCUUAACUAUAACUGCUUGCAGAUGGCUUUUUUUAAAGCAGAUGUACUAGAACUGAAACAAGUUUUGAGUCUAAAUGUAAUCAUCUUUAUACAAUCAUUGACAUUGUUUCAGGCCUAAAACUCUCAUAUCUUUAACCAGGCUACUAUAGGUUUCUGGCUGAAAUUGUAUUAAAUCAGAAUUUACUGAAUGUAAUGUGCAUUUUCAAACAAUGUCCUAGUAAAACAAAAUAUUUGAUGUUAAAUAACAAGUUACUUUCAACCACAAUGCACAUAAAACUGUUGUGUGAUAUUUCAAAGUUAGACUUGCAUAGAUCAGAUGGAUCAUCUUAUGAAGUGAAUAUCCUAUCUAGCCUCUGGGGAUAUUUUCAGGGGAGUGUGAAUUACAAAAGAUAGUAUUUUAUAUGCAAAUAAGACUAAUGUUUAGUCUGAAUAUGUAGCUUUAUAAAGUUUUCCAAGUACCUUACAGCAAAGAUUCCAUCAUAUCAGCAAAGCAUAAAUUUGCUGCUAAUUCCAGCUCCACAGUGAAUAAUUUUAACUUUCUGGUUUUAGAUUUCUAAACUAUCAAGUAUUUUGUAGAUA